UAGUAGGUUCCCUUCUGUGUUACCUUUACUCGCCUAUUACAAAUAAAACUAAAAUUGCGAUACCUCGCUUCAGUGCUACGAGCGACAAGUUUAGUCUCCUCACUGAAAAUCAAUGUGUACCGCGCAUGCGUUACACAUUUUCUUCCACGACUGUCAAGAGCACCGGCGAUGUACCUACAUUGUUUAUUAUACAGUGAAUAUUAAAUAUACUGAACACAAAUCCAUUCAAAACAAACGGACACUUUAACUAAGACAAAAACAAACAGAACCAAUAAGUUUAAUGUCAUCUCUAGUUAAAUGAACGCGUAAAGAAAAGUGUUAACAACAUGAGUAGGUGUCGUAAUUGAUUUCUUGGUGAAAAUUUUAAAUAAAUACAUUCUAAUAGAAAAUAAGCGAACAUGUUAAGUAAUCUUGUUGUUGUAUAUAGCUGUUACAGUGCUAAGUGAUAUUUUUGCGUAAAACAGUUGUAAAUAAUUAAAAUUGGUAAAUAAACGAUGUAGAUAUUAGGCGUAGUAUUGGCAAAAUGAAUGAGACUUUAGGUCGCGGGUACGCCCGUAUUGAGGCGAUCCGUGCGGCUAGGGGUGAGCCCCUGUCCUCGAUGCCGGACCCGGGGGCACCGCCGCCGGACCGGUACAACUCCGUGUACCUGACUCUCUUUGUUGCUGGAGCUGCCUUCUUACUCCCCUUUAACAGUUUCAUCAUGGCCGUCGACUACUUCCAGAUGCACUACCCUAACACGACGAUAAUGUUCGAUAUGUCCACUGUGUACAUAGCGUCCGCCUGCGUCGCCGUCUGUCUCAACAACCUCCUGCUCGACCUGUUCACCUACAAUACUAGGAUCACUUUCGGUAUCCUAGUAUCCCUAGCAACAAUGUUGUUUGUGGCGGUAUGCAACAUCGGUUGGGACGGGUUUUCAACGCGCGUCUCCUACACCAUCAACCUGGUCGCCAUCGGAGUGGUGGCGUUUGGUUGCACCGUGCAGCAGGCCUCGUACUACGGGUUUACGGGAUGCCUGCCACCCAGAUACACUCAGGCUGUUAUGGCAGGCGAAAGUGCCGCCGGCUUUUGGGUAUCGGUGGACCGGAUUGUCACCAAAUACGGUUUUCGUCAGCCACAAAGAAGCACAUUCAUGUUCUUCGUGUUCUCCAUACUCAUUCUGCUGGGACAUUCUAUGCUGCAUCAUGUGAUGAUGCGUCACCCUCUCGUGCAACAUUAUCUGCGACUGACCAACGAGUCGAGACAUAGGAGACGCAUUCAACUUCAUUUGAACCCUAAUGAAGACGCUACUUUGAUGGAAAGUGAGGCUGGAGAAGCAAGUUAUGGAGUAUUGAAACUUCAAAGCCCUGUAUUGUCAACAACUGGACAAGGCGAAAUCGAAACAAAUGCGUUUAGUUUCGCCAACCCCGUUUACUCGCCGACUGCUGGAGCGCCCGUUCAGCCAGAGGGCGCUGUAGAGCCGUUUGGAGACGGCGUGGCUUCUGAGACCUCGUCAGCUCUGCGCACCCCUCGGCCUUCCUACAAAGUUGAAGACGUCGUCUUCGAGGCUCCCGAAAGACCCACUUCAUGGAGAGCGUUCAAACGCGGCGUGUUGGCUCGCUGGGCGGUUGCACGUGCGAUCUAUCCGUACAUGGUGUCUAUCGGGCUGGUGUACUUCACGACGCUCAGUCUAUACCCUGGCAUCGCGUCGGAGGUCCCCUCCUGUCGCCUCGGCACCUGGAUGCCUAUCAUACUCAUGUCCUCCUUCAACCUAUUCGACUUCAUCGGCAAAAUAGCAGCAGCUUGGCCGUACGAGUGGAGUCGCAGUCAGCUGCUGAUGGCGAGCGGUCUGAGGCUACUGCUUGUUCCUUUGAUGCUGCUGUGCGCUGCCCCCAGACAUUCACCGCAUAUCGUAGGAGACAUCUACCCAAUACUAUUUUCCGUGGCAUUGGGUUUUUCAAAUGGUCUGUUUGGCUCCGUACCGAUGAUAUUAGCGCCAUCUCGUGUCGGUCGUGAGCAUCGCGAGAUCGCUGGAAACAUGAUGACGUUGUCAUACAACGGUGGUUUGCUGUCGGGCUCACUGGUGUCCUAUCUUCUGCUGGGCAUGCUGGGCCCCCCAGCCGGCGCCCCAUGCCGCGUGUACCCCACACCGCCACUGCCCACGCUACCACCAGCUACGCCACCUAACAUAACCUUCGCUGUCACUGUAUCGCACUAAACGCUUACUAGUACCCAAUAUCGAUAAGAGAUGGCAGCACACAUAAAAAAAUAGCAUAAUUAUAAGUUAAUCAGAACCAGAUAUUUAAAUUAGUUUAAAUAAUAGAUAGCUAAAGUUAUAGGUACGUAAUAUGCUAGAAUUAGAAAUUAAUUGAACAUUUUAAGAAAAAAUAAUACGUAACUGAAAUUAUCUUACUUGUGCUCACCAGGGUCGCUGGUAAGCAAGGUCUUGUCAAUCGAAUAUUAUGAUAAGUUGCAUAUCACAAUCGAUAUUAAAUACGGACAAUGACUCCAGAGACCAAACUUGCUGCCAGCGCCCCUAGCGAUGAACUCAAGAACGAUAACCACCAAAAACUUAUGCCAUUAGAUUAGUUUUUUCAACAACAUUUAUACCUAACAGAGUAACAGGAAGCAAAAGUCCGACGCAAGACCCUAUUAUAUUGACUGUCGAACCCGGGCUACAGUCGGAUUUAAUAAGCAACUCACUACACAAUCUCAGGAUCGAUCAAAAUUUUUACAGUAGGUACCUAACUCAAUAGAACUAACAUCCAAAUCAAAAUGAAUUCAACUAUUUUCAAUUGAACGCGGUUACCAACUUCGAUUACAAGUCUAUGUAAAAUAAUUGAUUAUAAUAGGUAAUAACUAUGUUUAAAAAAUCCAACAUCAAGCCCCUCUUUUUUGAAAU